AUGCUGUCGACGACCAAACCGUCGCCGCAGCGGCCCUCGCUGCACAUCCCCGGCCCCGGCCCCUCCGCCCUCUCCGACCUCUUCUCCGACUCGCGUGAACACGGCUACCAGGGCCCCUCGCGCACCGUCCGCUUCCCGCGCGCCACCCCCGCCGGCCCCGGCGCCAUCGCCCAGAGCGAGGACGGCGUGCGGUGCGCCGUCGCCGGCCAGGAAUCGCUGCGGAUCAUGCGCGUGUCCGCGCCGGAUGAGGAGGGCGCGGUGCACGAGGACGACAAGACCGCUGUGGGCAGCGGCGGGCACCGCAUCGGGGCGUCGCGCAACCUCUGGACGGGGAGCGGGCUGAAGAUGGACAGCGCGAGCACGGACGUGGCGUGGGGGCACGGAGCGUACGACAACAAGAUCCUCACGAGCGCGCGCAACGGCGAGCUCAUCAUGUGGGACAUCAACAAGGCCGGGUCCAAGUACGAACGCAGGGCAAAGGACCACAUCCGCUCGAUCCACAAGAUCGCGUACUCGCACAUCGUGCCCUACUACUGCGUCACCGCCUCCGCCGACGAGCACAUCCGCAUCUGGGACCUCCGCUCGAUGACGCGCAGCAUCAACAAGAUCCGCCAGCGCGCCUCCGUCCGCACCGUCGUCCUCUCCCCGAGCACCGCCCGCCCGCUCGAGGCCGUCGUCGGGCUCGAGAACGGGAGCAUACUGCGGUGGGACCUGACCAAAGGCCAGCUCGGCCAGCUCGCCCACGUCCCCGUCGCGCACGCCGGCCCCGUGCUCGCCCUCGACUGGCGCCCCCCCGCGGACGGCGGCGCGUGGGUCGCGAGCGGCGGCCUCGACCGGUGCGUCAAGGUGUGGGACCUCGCGCCCCCCGCGCCCGCCCCCGCGGACAACAAGCACCGGCCGCGCUACACGCUGCGCGCGCGCGCCCCCGCGCCCCGCGUGCGCUGGCGCCCCGCGUACGCGUGCGAGCUCGCCGUCGUGGGCGAGGGCGUCGACGUGUGGGACGUGCGCAGGGGGUGGGUCGCGAAGUGGGCGGUGGCGGAGAGCGAGGGGGCGACGGACAUCGCCUGGCGCGACUCGCACGCGCUCUGGGCGCACCACGCCUCGGGCGCGUUCGCGCAGCUCGACGUGCGGAACGCGACGAGGCCGCUCGACGCGGUCCCGCGCGCGGCGCUCAGCUGGCACGCGCGCGGCGCGCUCGCGUUCGCGGUCGACCGCGGCGGCGCGGGGACGGGCGAGGUGCCGUUUGACGAUGUGCAUCCGGAUGUGAGAGAGCUCGCGCGGGAGCGGGGGGGGAGGCUGAAGGCGCUGGGCGACCCGCCGUACUAUCCUGCGACGCAGGCCGUGGGGGCGGUCGUUGUUGGCGAGGGCGAGGGCGGGGUGGGGGGUGCUGGGGUGGGAGAGGGAGAGGGAGAGGGGGAAGGGGCGUUCGCAAGGCUUGCGAGGGGGUAUGUGCUCGAGGGGGAGCGCGUGGGGGUGUGUGAGCGAAACGCCGAGCUGGCGUUCGCGGUGGGCAAGGAGGACGCGGCGCGCGCGUGGCUGCUCGUCGCGGCGCUGCUCACUGAUCUCGUCCCGGACUCGCAGCCCCCGCCGACUCCGCCGCGCACACCGACGUCUGUGGCCACUCCUCCUCUUCCGCACUCCGUCUCGGCGCCUGCGAGCGUCCCGAUCCUCAAGACGCGGACCGGCAAGUCGGGGUCGCAGGUGUCCAGCCGGCGCGCGUCGUCCUCCGACCCGGCCGCACAGCAGCGCGGGACGAGCAGCCCGAGCCCGAGCAGGGCGAGCAGCAGCACCUUGCAUCAUCGCACCGACGCACCCCCGCCUCAGCGCCGGAACACCCCCACGCCCGCGUCGUCCACCUCGCCCUCGCCGAGACGCGUCAACGUCGCGCUCCCGCCGCUCGCGCCCAGGAGGGAGUCGGGCACGAGCCUGUUCAAGCCGCGCGCGUUGUCGCUGUACCGCCGCCCGAGCGUGUCGCGGUCGGUGCCCGAGAGCCCGGGGGAGGGCGCGCGGAGUAGCCUGAGGCACGUGGGCGAGGGCGCGCUGGACGACUCGGACUCGGACUCGGACGGGGAGGAGGAGGAGGAGGAGCAGGCGCGCGCGCGGGCGUACAGGGCGCCCGCGCUGGGCGCGAAGGUCGCGCCCGCGACGCCGAGCCCGCUGAGCAGGGACUCGCAGGAGUGGUCCGAGGGCGAGGAGGAUAGGGACGGGGACGGGGACGACGAGGAGGAGUCGCCGAGCCCCGCGUCGACGGAUACGGAGGGCGGGGAGGACGCGGAUGCGGAUGCGGAUGCAGUGGGCGACAGCUCGUCGGAGCGGGCGCGUGCGCGGAGGUCGCGGUCGCGGUCGGAGCCGCGCAGCCGCAGCUCGACGAUCGCGAGCCUCGCGGCGCGGGCUGCGCGCCCGCCGCUGUCCCAGCGGGGGUCGUGCAGCAGCAUGCGCACGGUGGUGGCGGAGGCGGGCGCGAGGAACGCGCCGUUGCGGAGGGAUGAUACGGUGAGGGAUUUGCGCGGCGCGAGGGCGGGGACGGGGGCGGGGGCGGGGGCGAGCAGCCGCGCGACGUCGCGCAAGGCGUCGCCGGCGCAUACGCGGCAGACGAGCCUCGCGCUGUCCGGCGAGUUGAUAUCGGACACUGGGCAUCGGCGGGCGUCGAAGAGCCGCUCGCCGGUGAGGGGGCGGAAGAGGAGGGAGGAGGAGGAGGUGAGGGAGAGGGAGAGGAAGCUGAGGGAGGUCGGGUGGAGUGCGUUGAGGGACAGUCUGGAGGUGUUCGCGGAUAUGGGUGACGUCCAGACGUGUGCCAUGCUUUGCAUGGUGGCUCCGAAUGAAUUGCGAGUUGGGAAAGAACGGGUUGUACGGUUCCUGGAGGCAUAUAUCGGUCUGUCGUAUCCUUCGUUCGUGCCUCCGCCAAACUUAUAG